AUGCGCAAGCACUACCACCCGUACCAGGAACAACCGGUUUUCAUCGAUCCGCAUGCAUUUGGAUAUGGUCAAUAUGAUAACCGACGGUCGAAAACACCAACAGAUUCCCUGAUCAACCAUACUGGGCAUUCCCCUGGCCCACUUGCGACCCCACCACUGGCGAGCCGCAAUCUAUCGCAACAGCUGGAACUACCUCAAGAUCAACCGCCCGAGUAUAUGCAAUGGGAGAAUGAUAGUUCUUCGACUUCUCCUACAUCCGUAAGGACACCCGACGGCUCAUCCUUUGAGGGGGAAAUGACUGAUUUCUCGCCCACUUACCACCACAACGGCAACACCAUGUCAACUCAAAGCUCAUAUCACUCUAUACCGGCGGUGGACUCCAGCAUGAUACUCAGUGACCAAGCGGUACAAGCGGCCUUCAACGCUACAAUGGCUGAGGCUCAACAAUAUCAGCAACAGUAUGCUAUGCAAACUCAACAUUCGCACCACACUUCACCACUACAUCCUCAGACAAACAUGUUCAACCAGAACUAUACUACUCAGCCACCUCGUCAUGACCCUUGGAACGGACAAGCACCUUCGCGUUCUUCGAUGGUCCCUCGAUCCGGUCAUGUCGUUUUCGACCCUGCGAGCGACCAUAUCAAUUAUUCAGAUUACUUGAUCGAUGUAGACUCAUGGGCAGCUCAAUACACGGAUCCUUCCUCCUUGAUCUCGCCCAGCGAGCCUACUACAUCGUUCCAAGGGGACCUGUACUUCCCGCAAGGGCAGAACCAUCCUCAUCACUCAUACGACCAUGUACCACGGACGCAACUACCGACUCAUCAAUCGAUUGAGAUGCAACUAACGCGGGCAUCACCACCACCUGACCAGCAGAACUUCGUCAACUACAACGCAUCGUCUAGUCUUUUUACAGAUAGUUACAUCACUAGCAACCAAUUCCCUGCCCCACCGUCGACAGCAUCGUCAACAGGUUACCCUCCAAGGUCCCCGUACCAGCCAGAGAUUAGCCCUUCUGCACCCAGUCCAGGAAGUUCCGACGGCAUGUACUCCUCGUACCAGCAUUCUGACCCUGGAAUGAUGUUCGACCAGUAUCAGCCUCCACCAUAUGCUCAUAUGCAACAACUGUCGCAGAUACAACAAGCCCAACAACCUCCUAUCAAAGUCGAUUACUCCGUCAUGAGCGGUGUGCCAGAGACAAGCUUUGAUGCAUCUCCUGAGCCAGAAUCGUCCCAGAGUGCAGCACAAAAAGCAUUAGCGGCGAAGUCUGGGGGCAGGGCGUUAGGCACCCAUCUCGAGCCAACUGUUGCCAAAGCAGCGCAUGACAUGCGCAAGAUCGUUGCAUGCUGGCACUGCGUGUUGCAGAGAGAUAAAUGUGGGCCAGGCGAUAUAUGCGAGCGCUGUUUUAAGCGAUCACAGCGACCGAAUGCCGAUUGCGGCCUUGGAUGCAACCGGCUGAAGCUGAUCGACUUGUCGCCGUACUUUCUACCUUCUCUAGUCACGCAGAUGCAUGAGGACGCGAACUUGACGCACUUUGUGACUCAGUACAUCCAGCAAUGGGGGAGCGUCGAACUAACCGUGAUGAUGACAUGUGGUCAGGACAGCAUGCCCCGGAUACCAGUGAAAGUGUACGAGUUUAUACCCCGUGGAGAUGCCCUACUGGUACAGAUCCAAUACAAGACUGAUCCUGUCACGCACACAAGAGUCGCAAUCCAGAAGCAAAGCCCAGCCUUGGGCAUGGUACACAUCAACCACAACGAAGAGAAGAAGUACGACCGAUACAUCACUGAAAUCGUCGACCACCACCUUGAUGCCUUUGGCGAACUCUGUUGGAUGGAAGACGACAACGACUUCCAGCAGAAACUCUUCAAGUUGAUGACGCGCGUAAAACCCAAGUCGGACGACGAAGCAAAGCUACUGCGCGAGAUCUUCCGCCUCAUCGUAGUAACAUUCAUCAUGUCGCAUACGCUUACUAUCGCCGAGGAAACGAAAGUCGAUACACUAUCGCGUAUGCACUCGUACAGCGGCCACAACUCCUACGUCGAAAACUAUACAUCGCCGCGCAUGACCAACCGGCAACUCAAAUACUUCUUCUCACGCCUUCAACGCUCGAUCCAAACCACUGUUCUCAAUAAGCUUCAACAGAUCUUCAAAUCUUCCAAAGGUUGUGACAAAUGGCUUGCGGCAUUUAUUGCAGUGUUAGGAAUGUGCAUGGCACUUGAAGACCAGCAAAAGACCAUACAUCUUGUCAUGUCUACCAAGGCUACCACAGAGGGCCUAGAUCAAAGGGAUGCGCAGAGCCAGGCGGAUAUCGCGUGCCGUGAGAUCGAUAAACGGAUGCAUUUUGUGCAGCAAAUAUUCCGAUGGAAGUACAAUCGCAAGCAUAAUCCCAUGCGGGAUGCAGAUCACGACUGGGAAAAAGAGGUGGGCUUUGGGGAUGCAAACAGUGUGAACUUUGUGAGGCAGGUUGCGCAAUUAGUCAAGGAGAACAUUGAUUUCCUGCAACAACGCCAGGCGGUUAGCAUCUCGAGUGAUAACCAGACGAAGUAUACUUCACGCCUUGUGGGACAAUUCUUGCUUUCCUUCUGGCUUCCCAGCGUAUAG